UCCUGUUCCGCCCAUCCCUGCCUCUCAUUACAGCAGCUCAUGAAUAUUAAACGGAUUUGGGGGCAAUAAGAGAGCCGCCUCCUCCUCUUUGCACCAACAGCAUCCAGUAGCGCAACGACUCAGCAGGUUUCAUCAGAAACUCUCGGGUUUUUAUAAGUGAAGGAAAAUGGCAUUAAGAGGACCGUUUCUCCGUCUUCUGCGAACUCAGAUCAGACAGAGCCAACAAAACAGAGCUCAGUCUGUGGCGGUGCUGGGGGCCCCGUUUUCAAAAGGACAGAAAAGAGGAGGAGUGGAGCAUGGCCCCAAAGUGAUCAGAGAUGCGGGUCUCAUCGAAAGGCUCUCCGGUCUCGACUACUCUGUUCAUGACUUCGGCGACCUCAGCUUUCAGCACCUGGAGCAGGACGAACCCUACAUGGACGUGAAGUCCCCGAGGAGUGUGGGAGCCGCCAACAAAAAGUUAUCCAGUGCCGUGAGCAGAGCCGUCGGCGCCGGACAUACUCUGGUCAUGCUGGGGGGAGAUCACAGCCUGGCUAUCGGGUCGGUGAGCGGACAUGCCCAGCAGUGCCCUGAUCUGUGUGUGAUCUGGGUCGACGCCCAUGCCGAUAUAAACACCCCCAUGACCUCGCCGUCAGGAAACCUUCACGGCCAGCCUGUGGCAUUCAUGCUCAAAGAGCUGCAAGACAAGAUGCCAGAAAUUCCUGGAUUCUCAUGGGCCAAACCUUUCCUCUCUUCACGUGAUCUGGUUUACAUUGGGCUGCGGGAUGUUGACCCCGGAGAGCACCAGAUCCUAAAGAACCUGGGAAUCCAGUACUUCACCAUGAGGGAUAUAGACAGACUAGGCAUCCAAAGAGUCAUGGAAGUCACUUUUGAUCAUCUUCUGGCACGAAAACAGCGACCGAUCCACCUGAGUUUUGACAUCGACGCGUUCGACCCGUCUCUGGCUCCUGCCACAGGAACCCCGGUGAACGGUGGUUUGACUUACAGAGAAGGGAUCUAUCUGACAGAGGAGAUUCAUAACACAGGUCUGCUUUCAGUCAUGGACCUGGUGGAGGUAAACCCCAUCCUGGGAGCAAAUCAGGAAGCAGUGGAGGCCACCGCCUCCUUAGCGGUGGACGUCGUCGCAUCGUCUCUGGGGCAGACGAGAGAGGGCUCUCAUGGGUCCAUCGACGCUAUACCUGCAGAGAAAAGCGACACAGAGCAGCUCUGCCUCUGAGAGCUCCAAAGCUCUGUCUCUUUUUGAACUUUACACCAUGCCUGACCAUUCCACCACUUCAUUUUCUGCUGUUUAUUUUUAUUGUUUUUAAUCUGGGAAAAGCAAAGAGAUUUUUGGAUCCAUAAAGGAAAGCAUAAAAUGAAAGGGCUUUAAAAAUGUUUACUUUGGUCACGCUGGGGAAAGCCUGCAGCAUAAUGGACAGACUUUAUGAGUAAACUACUGCUCAUAGUAAAAGCAAUACUAAUUUAUUUUAUUUUUAUGAUGUGUGUUUGAAAAAGAGAAAAAAAAGGGACGUACCUGCCUUAGAGGCAAGAAAAAGUAAGACUUUGAAGUUUGCGGUCUAAUGUGGACCUUUAUUGCUUUCUGGUCAGACCAGAUAGUCUACAGCUACUGUAGUUAAGCCACUCUUCACUUUUGGACCAGCUGUGGUUACUGUUUUCUGAGUUUACAUUUAUUCUAAACUUUACAAUUACCAGUACAAGCACUUUAAAUAUAUAACACAUCCCUUAUCAAAACUUUUUGUAGGAAUGCUAAAAAAAAAAAUAUUUACUGUAUUUUCAUCAGACCUGUACUGGUUUACUGCUCUGUCCUGGAGUUUCAAAUUGAAUGACUAUUUUCAUUGCUACAAAGAGAUCUUAUUUUGGUCUUCCAUGAAUGUGAAUAAAUGUUUGUUUGUAUGUGUGUCCUGUUUUCUCCUUCGCUUAAUUUCUGGAAUCAUGGCUGGACUUCCUCUUUAACUUAACAGAUGUCUGACAGCUCUAGCAUCAGAGGCUAGGAUGACUCUACAUGCUCAAGAUUUAAAAAGCAUAUUAAUUCAUAAAAACAAUUAAAUCUACUUAACAUAAAUUAAUGAGUUAAUUUCAUUACAGGUGAUUUACUGUUAGUAGUGUUGCGAUGAAAAUCUAAUCUUUUUUUUGCCCCAAUACUGAUGCCAUCUGUUUGAAAUUGAUGCGUGUGUAUAUAUGAAGAACUGCAUACUACUUGGUUGUAAAAUAAUUGCCAUCAUGGAUUUUUCAAGCUGCUGCCUACCUUUGUGAAGCAGGAAAAAGACUAAAAGAAACUGAAUCCAGAAGAACUUUUCAUGGCCUACCUGGAAUUGGUGACAAUAGUUGAAUAAAC